AUGUUUGCCCACCCAGCUGCUCCCUUAACCCUAAUCCUCCUGGCGCAGGCGCUGGUGGGAGUCGCUCAGUCUACUCGGCAAUGCUACGAUCCCGCAGGAUAUCGCUUCGACGAUAUUCCUUGCUCCAAUGACACCAGUCAACACAGCCUGUGUUGCGGCCCCGGUUGGACGUGUCUAGACAACAAGGUCUGCCGUUACACAGGUACCACGCAGCCCGCGCUGGUCUAUAACACGCUGGUCCGAGGCACGUGCACCGACGAGACAUUCCAGUCUGACGCCUGCCCCCAGUUCUGCCUGGCAGGAGACGCGAACAAGAACGGCAACUUCAUUCAGAACUGCAACAACGGGACCGGCUGCUGCAUGAUCGGCGGCGCUGCUUGCAGCUGCUUGCCCGGGGCGCCAGAUGCUUUGGAUUUCGGGACAACCAACAUCCUCCAGUCUCAGUCGGUGAUUCCGCUGGUGGAGAAGGAUGUGUCUUCGUCGGCGAGCCCAAGCACCACCAGCACGACAAGCGCGGCGACGAGCCCGUCCACGCUGGUGGCAGAUCCAGUAAACACGUCAGUCUCUAGCUCUCCCUCUCAACCUGGGGGACUGUCUGUGGGUGCGGUGGCAGGCAUCUCCGUAGCGAUUGGCCUCGUGGCCAUCGUUGCGGCGGGUUUCUCGAUCAGAUAUUGUCUGCUCCGGCGCCGGAGGGAUUCGAAGGACGGAAAGCCCCUGGCAGAGAAUGGGUCCUGGAUUGGAGGGUCGGAUCACAAACCGUUCAUGCAGCAAACUUGGAAGUCCGAGGCGGACGGAGAGAGCUGGGUCAGGGAGCUUCCAGCCGAGAGGCGGCUUGAAGAACUGUCCGGAGAGAGCCGGCUGGUGGAGGUUCCCGCAACAAAUGCCAGGAGAGCCGAGCUAGAAUGA